UAUUUUAAAAAAAGAGAGACAGAGAUAAAGCAGAAAUUUUAUUCCUCGUGUUCUUGUGAAAAUUUUCCUGAUGCAAUUUACUUAUUAAUUAACAAGUUCUUGUAAUUAGUGAAUUUUCUUUAAAAAAUAUAUAAGAAUUAGAUAUUUAUAGUCCGGAUAAAAAAUUCACUGAGUGAAUAAAAGCAGUGAUACGAAAAAAAAAAAAAUAGUAAAGUCGUGAGUUAAAUAAUGGCCAACUCAGGAAAUUCAUCAGCAGAAUCAGCGCUGACAAAACUUGGUCUUCAGCCUGUGACAAAAUGCAGCCUUGCUAAAUUUUAUGUUCCUGCAUUUGGAGUCACUGCUUACACGGGACUAUGUCUCAAUGUCAUGAACCCCAACUUGAUCACCAGAAUUUUUCCAAAGACCGACGUGACCAACUUCUUCCUGGGGACUUCACUCGUCGGCGCUGGAUCUUAUAUCUACACCCGGGAGCACAUGAAAGCCGCUGCUAAGAGUGCUAGGAUUAUUUACAGUGUCGCUGGAGCUGUACUGCUGAACUUUGGAUCCGUUUUGCUGUGGGCAGUAGUCCGAUCAAUUGUCCCACCAAAUCCAGCAGCCUGCACAAUAGCAGGAAUCGGUGCAGGAGUUGCAGUAAUCAAGGCCGGUCACAGUUACCUUGAAUUCGUCGACAGCCAGGUCGCCAAAAAGUAGCCGGUGUUUGUUUAUUUAUAUUGAUACUCGUUAGAUUUUCUUAUUAAAUACACACACUAAUACUUCAAUAAUUCUAUAAAAACGUUUACAAAAAAAGUA